GGUAUGCUAAAGUAAGGUAGAGGCGCGUAAGUCAAAAAAGUGCAGACGAGCAAAUGGAGAAAUUGUCCUCUUUUAAGCCAAAAGUGCUUGGUGCCAUUGUAAUCAGUGUUAUACUGUCGGAACUUAUUUGGUACAGUUACAAGAAGUAUUAUAAGCCAAGGAAACCCACUAGAAAGAAUUACCCGGUAGUGAAUGAGGUUAUAUUUUUUACUGAUAAAGGUGUGAAUUGUCGACAACACAUUUAUCGCUGUGGUAGUUGUGGAAAUGAAGACUGUUCAGACUACAAAUUGAGAAGGUUGAUAAAAUUCUUGCAAAGUGCAAAAAGAACAUUAGACAUAUGCAUAUAUAUGAUCACCAUCCAAGAUAUUGCCGAUGCUGUGAAGACUGUGCAUUCUCGAGGAGUCAGAGUUCGUGUCAUUGCUGAAACUGGAAUGGCGGACAAUAAAGGCUCCAAAAUUCCGUAUUGGAGAAAAGUUGGUAUACCAGUUCGUAUGAAGAAAUCUCCAUACUUGAUGCACCACAAAUUUUUCAUUGUGGAUGAUGAACUUCUCGCAACCGGCUCAUUCAAUUGGACAUUACAGGCCAUAAGUGGCAACUGGGACAAUGUCAUUGUUACUUCACAGACAGAUAUUGUUCAACCAUUUGUUAGUGAAUUUGAAAAACUAUGGACAGAAUUUUCACGACCUUCACUAGAUACAUGUUGAUAUUAAUGCAUUAUUAUACUUUGUUUUCAGUGAUAGUGUCAUUAUUGCAAAAACUGUGAUUGGUUUCGAUAACUGUGAUUGGUUUUAUACUGAGUCAUCAAUGCUAGACUGAAAUGAUGUUGAUAAUGGUACUACUUGUUAGUGUCAUAUUUUAUUAGUGUUACUAUAUUUGAUGAUGAUUUUUAACUCCAUUUUAAUUAAUGAUGAUGCCAUACAAAAUGGCGACAAACUGUGUAUUGUGCUCAAUAAGAUAAAUUAGUUAAAUACAAAUGCUCUCAUGA